GAAGAUUCCCAGAAGGACGACAAACUACUGGCGGCCCACUUGAUGUACGGGGAUUACCGGUUCAGCCGGUCGACAGGAAGCUGAAUUUCCACAGAGGAAAUAGCACGUUGGCUUUUCCUGGGGCGAAGGAAGUUGUUUAUUUCUGACUGAAUAUGCUCCUCCCUCAAAAUAUAAAACAAAUUCCCACAUACCCAUUUGUUUUUUAUUAAUAAUCCAAUUUGUUUUUCAUUAGUUUUUAGGACCCAAUUAAUUCGGGAGAGUAUUGUGCAUUUAGUGCUAGAAGCAGAAGAUUUUCUUGCCUUAAGCUGCCGUAAAGGUUAAGUCACAGAGGACCAGUUCGAAUUACAAUGGAUGAAGAAAUUGGGUCUGCUUGUAUUAAGCGCCAUCAAGGCAAUCAAUUAGUUGCAGAUCGGCUUAUGACCUUGGAGGGUUUGGAGGAGGAAGAUGAAGAAAUCCGACAAGAUCUUUCUUGUCCCUUUUGCUACAAGGAUUUUGAUGCAGAUACACUUUGUCACCAUCUGCAGGAUGAGCAUUGCUUCCAGGCCAAUAGGAAACAGGUAUGUCCUAUCUGUACAGCUAAAAUUGAAAAGGACAUGCUUGAGCAUAUUACUCGUCAGCAUGGCUAUAUGUUCAAAACUCAAAGGAGAACUUCUCAUAAUGAAGGUAUUCCUUUGAAUCGUAAGUUGUCCUUUUUGGGUAAGAAUCCACAUGAAGGAGUGCAUCGUUCUUCUCAUAAAGGAACCUCUGCUGGUGCAGGUUUCAAUACUCCAAGUGCAACUUUAGAUCCUCUUUUAUCUUCUUUUGUAUAUAGUAUGCCAAAUUGUGAGGCCAAGAAACAGCCAGAACGAAGUCUUUCAUCUGAAGAAAGCCUCACAAAGAAUUGUGCCGCCUCUUCAAGCUCCAGUGUACAGGUUAUAACCAGUUCCGAAUCCUCUCACACUCUCCAAAAUCAGGAACAAACAACUGAUGAGCUAUCAGGAAAAGUCAAUUUUGUGCAGCAUCUGGUUCUAUCAACCAUUCUAGGUGAUGAGUUCUAGCUUUGACAGACGUGUUUUCCAAUUGAAUUAUUGAGCUCUCUUCUGGACAUUGUAAGCACAUCUUAUACCUGUUGAGAAAGUUGUGACAAGAAGCUAGAAUGCAUUGAUUUAUUAGUUGACUAUGAUUCACUAAUGCAAGAGACCCUCGGUUGGAUAAAUUCAUACUGCAUGGCUACUGGAAUUCUAGGAUUUAAAACUUCACAAACUGCUUGCUCUGUAUCAUGGAAGUUCUGCCAUCUACGAGAAGUUCCCAAUGUGGAGUUAACUACUCCAGCAUGUAUCUAUUUCCUGUAAUUUUGAGCAUACAAGGCUUUGAAAUAUCAACACUGCAAAAACUGGAAUAAGAUACAUUUUAGUUUUGCUUUCCCUUUAUGCUACCGAUGAGCAUUUUCAAUGUCAUGGAUUCAAUUGAUGAAGUUGUAUGAAUGUUUUUGUAUCUAGCU